AUGAUGGAUCACGCUGCCUUCCAGGCCCCGCUGGUCGCCGACGGCCUCUUUGGAACUCUGAAAAACCACUCCAAAGUUCCCGAGGCUGGCGGCAGCCAUCGUAACAAGUCUUCGUCCAUCGACAGCCUGAUCUACACCUUGAUCCCUUCGGUCCUUCUGGCCUUCGUCUUGCUUACUAUUUUCGUCCUGCUCCGGAGCAAGCUCCGCCGCUUGUACGCUCCGAGAACUUUCAUCGACACUCUGACAGAGCAAGAGAAGACUCCGUCCGACCCCGACAAGCCGUUGGCUUGGCUCAAGUACUUCACCACUUUCGAGGACACGGACCUCCUCAACUGGCAGUCCCUGGACGCUUACCUGUACGUGCGCUUCUUCAAGAUUAUCGUCGUCACGUGCUUCUUCGGCUUCUUGCUCGUUGGAUCCAUUCUGAUCCCCAUCAACGCAACCGGAGGAGGCGGGCAAAAGCAACUCGACAUCCUGUCCUUCAGCAAUGUUGCCGACCCAAAGCGCUACUGGGCUCACGCCAUUGUGGCCUGGGUCUUCUUUGGCUUCGUUCUGUUCAUGAUCACCCGAGAGACCAUUUUCCUCAUCCACUUGCGCCAAGCCUACCUGCUCUCGCCGUGGAACUCGAGCAAGAUCUCAUCCCGGACUGUGCUCUUCACUUCCGUGCCCAAGCAUUACUGUGACAAGCAAAGGAUCAAGAACCUCUUUGAUGAAGUCAAGACAGUCUGGCUCGUCGAAGAUUUCAAAGAGCUGGAGGAGAUGGUCGAGAAGAUGGACAAAACCGCCCUGAAAUUGGAGGCCGCCGAGAUCAAGCUGAUCCGGGCCGCCAACGCGAAGAGGUUGAAGAUGGUCAAGGACCCCAAAGCGAACCCGGACGAUCAUGACACAGACCACUGGCUGGCCAUCACCCGCCGUCCGAAGCACAGACACGACAAGUUCGAUUUCAUCUGGGGAAACAAAUUCGACACCAUCGCCGAAUGUCAAGAGGACUUGCGCAAAAUGAUCCCGUCGGUCAGGGCCGCCCAGAAGCUGCGCCUCGACGGCGACGCCAAGCUUCUCGGUGCCGUCUUCAUCGAAUUCGAAACGCAGUCUGCUGCUCAGGCCGCCUUCUCUUUGGUCUCCUUCAAUCAUCCGGAGCGCAUUGUUCCCCGCCAGGUCGGAGUCCACCCCAACGAAGUUCUGUGGAAGAACUUGCGUAUGUCUGAUUGGGAAGCGCUCGGCCGAAAGCUACUCGCUUUUGCAUUUGUUAUCCUCUUGACCAUCUUUUGGGGUAUCCCGGUGGCCUUUAUUGGUACCAUCUCGAACCUGAACUAUCUUUCGGAGAAAUACACGUGGCUGGCCUGGCUCAAGAACCUCAACGGCAAGCAACUGGGUCUCUUGACUGGUCUUCUGCCUUCUUUGCUGCUGUCGUUCAUCCAAAGCUUGGUCCCCCGCUUCUACAGAUACAUUGCCAGGCAGUCGGGUGCUGUCACUCUGUCUCACGUGGAGCUGCGCACACAGACAUAUUUCUUCGUGUUUUCGUUGAUCCAGGUCUUCCUCGUCACCACGUUCUCGUCUGGAGCAACAGCUGUAAUCGGCCAGAUUGCACGCGAACCUCGUUUAGCACCUGCUUUGCUUGCCGAGAACCUCCCCAAGGCUUCUAACUUCUACAUCUCUUACUUCGUCUUGUACGGUAUUGCUAUCAGCGCUGAGCAUGUCUUCAACCCUCUUGGCCUGUUCUGGGACGAGGUUCUGCCUCGCAUUUGGCCGUACGCCACCCCUAGGGAGUCGUUCGUCAAGUACGUGUCGCUGGACAACCCUGGGUACGGCUCAGAGUGCGCCAAGUGGACGAACCUGGCAGUCAUCGCCAUCAGCUAUUCGUGCGUCGCACCGCUAGUUCUUGGAUUCGCAACUGUCGGCUUCGUCUUCAUUUACCUGGCUAUGCGGUACAACUUCUUCUACGUCUUCUCCACCGAUAUCGACACGAAGGGCGCCUUUUACGCGCAGGCGCUUCAGCAGCUGACCGUCGGCAUUUACAUCGCCGAGCUCUGCCUCAUCGGCUUGUUCUCGACCCGCAUCAGUGGCGACCUGAGUGCAAACGGGCCGCUCAUUCUCAUAGUCAUCCUGUUCUUUGCCACCAUCCUCUACCAGUAUCUCAUCCGUGAGACGCUCACGCCGCUCACCGAGCUCCUGCCUCGCAACCUUCUCGCGGAGACGGAGGCCGACUACGAGGCCCGCGUCGAAUCCGCCUCGGCCUCCCCUUCUCCCUCGGGCUCCGGAAACGGCAAAAACGACAAGAAGGACAAGAAGAAGGACAACAACGACAACGCCCGCAACGACCAAGCCGCCAGCCAGCACCCGGAGACGCAACCCCUCCUCGCGCCCGACCACGCCGCGCGCUCGGGGCGGACCAACCACCGCGCGGGCUCCAUGCACCACCCCUCGCGCAUCAACGACAUCUACGGCCACGAGAGGUACAAGCGCGUCAAGGACAAGUUCCAGCGCUGGUUCGCGCCGCACUCGCAGUCGCCCGCCGCGCUGGCGGCGACGCUGCACCCGUCCCUGCGCGAGCCCGUGCCCCCCUACCCGGAAGCCAUCGCGAAGCUGGCCUUCGUCAACCCCGUCGUCACGCGCGAGCCGCCGACGCUGUGGAUCGUGCGCGACGAGAUGCGCAUCAGCGAGCGGGAGAUUGGCGAGGCGAGGCGCGAGGUCGACGGGCUGGACGUCCGGGACGACGGCGCGUGGCUGGACGAGAAGAACGUGGUGCAGUGGGAGAAGGAGAGGUUGAGGGAGAUGCCGCUUUGGCAUGGGAGGGUGGUGUAUUAG